AUGUUCUCUCGCAUUGGCCUUACUCAGCGAAGCUCCAUAUCACGACCCCCAUUGACCUCAAACGCUGCCAGAUCUCGAUCUUGCAUCGGGGCCCAGCACCUUAGGACCCCAGCGAUCAGUGGAUUUGGAGUCAGAUUUUACGCGGUGAAGAUGGACCAACUGCCGAAAUUGCCGGAGGUGGAACGGUUGAGUCCAAGAGUUAUCAGGAUCCUAGGCCAUAAUCCGAGCAAGUUUACGCUCCAGGGCACGAAUACAUACCUCAUCGGCACCGGCCCGAAGCGAUUGCUGCUGGAUACUGGCGAGGGGAAAGACGCCUGGCUCGCCUCCCUCAAAAGUACACUGCAAGACGAGAAGGCAUCCAUCAGUGAUGUGAUCUUGACGCAUUGGCAUCCCGACCAUGUCGGUGGGGUGGCGCAGGUUCUGGGCCUGGGUUCUGAUGCAGAUGUGAAGGUAUGGAAGAACCAACUCCAUCCCAUGCGGAAGGGGGAGUGGACGAAUUAUGAUGACGGCCACGUUUUUGACACUGAGGGCGCGAGGAUGAGGGCGUUCCAUUCACCGGGCCAUACGCUGGAUCAUAUGGCGUUUAUCCUCGAGGAGGAAGGGGCGAUGUUUACGGGUGACAAUGUCCUGGGACAUGGGACUGCUGUUUUUGAGGAUUUGGCCGUGUACAUCGACAGCUUGGAGCGGAUGAAGGAGGAAUUUGCGGGGAGGGCGUAUUCCGCCCACGGCGCUGUCAUUGAAGAUGGGAAGGCGAAGAUUAUGGAGUAUAUUGCGCAUCGGAAGCAGCGGGAGGUGGAGGUGUUGGAGGUUUUGAGGGGAACGCCGCCGGGGGGAGAGGAGGGGUGGAUGAGUGGGGAGGUUGUGGAGGUGGUUUAUAAGAACUACCCAGAGCAUUUGUGGGCGCCGGCGGAGGGGGGGGUUAAGCAGGUUUUGAGGAAGUUGGAGGGGGAGAGGAAGGUGAAGCAGGUUGAUGGUGGGAGGUGGACGUUGGGGGAGAAGGCGGCGUUGUGA